GCGCGCGGGAGCGGCGGGAGCGCGGCGGCCGCGCGGGGCGUGCUGCGGCCCGCGGUGAGGGAGUGCUGCGGCCCGCGGAGCUGUGCGCGUCCGCCGGCGAGGGACCGCGGCCCGGCAGAUCAGGACCAGAUGAGCAGAGGGAGGUUUCUGUGAAGAUCACAGUCGCCCCAGCCCUGCCCCGGGAAGUGGCCGCGCCUCUGGCUGUCACCACUGUGGGCCUGCAAGAGACACAAGAGAAGGAAAAUGUCCCACGCUUUAAAGCAAGUGUUCAAUAAAGACAAAACCUUCCGGCCGAAGCGCAAGUUCGAGCCGGGCACUCAGCGGUUUGAGCUGCACAAGAAGGCCCAGGCCUCGCUCAAUGCCGGCCUGGACUUGAAGGUGGCCGUGCAGCUGCCGCCGGGCGAGGAGCAGAACGACUGGGUGGCCGUGCACGUCGUGGACUUCUUCAACCGCAUCAACCUCAUCUACGGCACCAUCAGUGACUAUUGCACGGAGCAGUCCUGCCCCGUCAUGUCGGGGGGCCCCAAGUACGAGUACCGGUGGCAGGACGAGCACAAGUACCGCAAACCCACGGCCCUGUCCGCGCCCCAGUACAUGAACCUGCUCAUGGACUGGAUCGAGGUGCAGAUCAACAACGAGGACAUCUUCCCCACCAACGUCGGUACUCCCUUCCCCAAGAACUUCCUGCCAGUGGUGAAGAAGAUUCUCUCCAGGCUCUUCCGAGUGUUUGUCCACGUCUACAUCCACCACUUCGACAGGAUCACCCAGAUGGGCUCGGAGGCCCACGUGAACACCUGCUACAAGCACUUUUACUACUUUGUGAAAGAGUUCAAUCUCAUAGACACCAAGGAGCUGGAGCCCCUGAAGGAAAUGACAUCCCGGAUGUGCCACUGAGCUCAGACCUUCCUGCUCCCACCUCGGCACCUCUUCUGAGGACUCCGGGCCCCAAUCUCAUAUUGGAGACGUGAUUCAAGGGGAGAACAGAGACGUUUUGUUUAAGAAAUUAUAUAUUUUUAAUGAGUUUCAAUGUAAAACUGUGAUACUGCAGGAAUAUUUUUUUAAAGAUGCUCUAGAUUAACUAAUUUUUUAUAGUAAUUUCUAUAAAAAAGAAAGAAAAUA